AUGGCAUUCAGUUUUGGCUUCGCGGGAGAUGACAUCGAUAUUGAUGAUUCUGAUAUCAAUGAUACCCAAGAUGCUUUUGUUCCGACAAAUACCUCUGGCUCGCUCCCUGAGCUAGUCAAACCCUGCAAACAUAGUCUGGACGAGUGGCUGUCAAUUCUGCCAUCUCAAAUAUUCUAUAAUCAGCUUCCAAUCAAUGGCACACCAAUUGUCAUUGCGCGCCGCGAAAUCAUCGACAUUCGCACGCAACUGAUGGCCGAAGAUACUGCGGACCAUGAGAAUGAAGAGCUAAUCGCCGGCCUAGAAGAAGGUGAUCUUAAGCCUAAUUUCUAUGAGGGUGGCUUUAAGACUUGGGAAUGUUCCUUGGACCUUGCAAAGUUUGUUACCAAUGAACACACAAUCAUUGAGUCACUGGACGAUUCACAGACAAACGCUCAUAUUAUCGAGCUCGGCUCAGGCACAGCGGUACCAACAUUGACUCUGUUCGCUCAUCUUCUGAACAAGACUGAACCUUUGGAGGGAGCUGUACCGCAACGAAAGGUCAUAUUCACCUGUGCGGACUACAAUGAUUCUGUACUCCGACUUGUCACGCUGCCAAAUCUUCUGUUGACUUGGAACCACAUUCGCCAGCAAUCCAACACGGUGGUGGAAGACCAAGAACCUGCCCCAGUGCAACCAGAAGAGGAACUCGACAUCACACCUGAACUGGUCGAAGCAUUCAAGAAUGAUCUCACGCGGCGUGGAGUCGUUCUCAACUUCGUAUCCGGUGCUUGGUCUCCUGAGUUUGUUGAUCUUGUGUUCUCAGCCUGUGAAACAGAUGACUUCAAGACAUUGCUGCUUGCAAGUGAGACCAUCUACUCACCGGCGUCCUUGAAGCCUUUCUCCGAGACUCUUCUUGAAUUGUUGCGUCGCUCGACUACGGUGUCUGUGAAGAGCCGUGCCAUGAUCGCAGCCAAGAAGGUUUAUUUCGGAGUUGGAGGUGGAGUGGAUGAGUUCCUGGCGGUUCUCAAUGAGGUCUCCGCAAGCGAACUACAAGUUGAACAGAAGGUCAAUAUUGAGUCGGAAGGUGUCGGCAGAGUGAUUUUAGAGGUCACAUCCGCCAAUUAA